AUGCCUUACGUCUCCGCAGCUCGCUAUGGCAAGGACAAUGUCCGCGUUUACAAAGUCCACCGCGACACCGAAACCGGUGUCCAGACCGUCACUGAGAUGACCGUCUGCUGUCUCCUCGAGGGCGAGAUUGACACCUCCUACACCGAGGCCGACAACAGCGUUGUCGUUGCCACCGACUCCAUCAAGAACACCAUCUACAUCACUGCCAAGGAGAACCCCGUCACACCCCCUGAGCUCUUCGCCUCUAUCCUCGGCAACCACUUCAUUCAGAAGUAUGCCCACAUCCACGUCGCCAACGUCAAGGUCGUCACUCAUCGCUGGACCCGCAUGGAGAUUGAUGGCAAGCCCCACCCUCACAGCUUCAUUAAGGACAGCGACGAGGUUCGCAACGUCGAGGCCCGCAUCAGCCGCAAGGAUGGCAUCGCCGUCAAGAGUGCCAUUGUUGGCCUGACCGUUCUCAAGAGCACUGGAUCUGCCUUCCACGGCUUUGUGCGGGACGAGUACACCACUCUUGGCGAGACCUGGGAUCGCAUCCUCUCGACCGAUGUGGACGCCUCUUGGAAGUGGAAGUCAUUUGAGAACCUUGAGGCUGUCCAGGCGGCUGUGCCCAAGUUCGACGAGGCGUGGAAGUCUGCCCGUGAGAUCACCCUCAAGCUCUUCGCCGAGGAUGAGAGUGCCAGCGUCCAGAACACCAUGUACAAGAUGUGCGAGGAGAUUCUCGCUGCUGUCCCUGACGUCGAGACCGUCAUCUACGAGCUGCCCAACAAGCACUACUUUGAGAUUGACCUGAGCUGGCACAAGGGCCUCAAGAACACCGGCAAGGACGCUGAAGUUUAUGCUCCUCAAUCUGGCCCCAACGGUCUGAUCAAGUGCGAGGUCUCCCGCUCGUAG